UCGUCAGUUUCGUGUGCCUCCAUUUUCCAAUUGUUUGGCAAGGACGUACGUACUUAUCUGUCAAUGCUUCUUGCAUCCUCGGCCUCCCAUUCUCUUCUUCUUUAUCUUUAAGCUUGCAUUUCUCUCAUGUAAGAAAUGGCUACGAAAAUUUGGUCGAUUCUGGAUCAUUAACCAGAAAUAUCACCAUAUAAUUUCUCUUCUUUUCUCGCCAUAGUCCCUUCUCUUGCUCACCCUCUUCUCCAUUGGUACUAACCGGAAAUAUCUGCCUUUGGAAGGGCCCUCUCCAGUUUAGUCAAGGGUUAUUACUUUGCCAAUGGUAACAAUAUGGAUUUUAUAUCCUCUUAAUUAGCUAAUUUGCUGCUGCUCUUGCCACAAACAAAUGAAGAUGGUGCUAGUGCUAUGCACCUCAUCAAGUAGGUCAAUAUGAGAUUUUCAAUCCUGACAUAACAAUACCUGAGCUUCUGAGUCAGAGUACAUGUAAGAAGAACAAGAUUAUUGGGACAUGAAGGCUCGUCUUAGCAGCCAGCCGGAGAUAUAGGGUACUAUGGCGAGCAAUUUACAGAACAAAAGUCCACUGACACGGGAGUUUCCACUCGAGUUCUUACAAAGUAUUACGAAUAACUUUUCUGAGGACCGCAUAAUUGGCGAGGGUGGGUUUGCAGUAGUUUACAAGGGAGUAUUGGACAAUGGGGAAGAGAUUGCCCUGAAAAAGCUUACUCACACAGGGACUGAAGACACAAAAUUUGCAGAUGAGUUCAAUAACAUUGUUAGGGCGCGUCAUCAAAAUAUUGUACAGUAUGUUGGCUACUGCUAUCAUCCAGGUAGAUGGAUUGAGCACAAUCAACAAUAUGUUUUUGGUCAUGAGCCAACAAGAAUUCUCUGCUUUGAAUAUUUGCACGGUGGAGACCUUGGGAGACACCUUUCUGCAGAAGAGCAGCCAUGCGGACUUGAUUGGCAGACAUGCUACAAAAUAAUUCGGGGAGUGUGUGCAGGUUUGAAGUAUCUUCAUAGCGUAGAUAUUUACCAUCUAGACUUAAAGCCAGCAAAUAUAUUGCUGGACAACAACAUGAUGCCGAAAAUAGGAGAUUUUGGUAUAUCAAGAGUCUUACCUUCAUCAAAAACCAUUACCACCAAACCAGGAACAUUGAUAGGGACAAUGGGAUUCAUGCCACCAGAAUAUAUUGACAAACAAGAAAUCUCAUCAAAAUAUGACAUGUUCAGUUUGGGUGCUAUACUCAUACAAAUAAUGGCAGGACGCAAGAACUACUGCGAUUGUGGAAGUGUUCCUUCUGAAAAUUUCAUUGAUCUUGUAUGUGAAAUAUGGCGAAAAAAAGUACAUCCAGCAAUGUGGUCACACACAUGGAAAGAAGUUAAGGCAUGCAUCAGAAUAGCAUUAAGAUGUCUGGAGUAUGACCGACAUAAAAGGCCCACUAUAAGAGAGGUCGUCGAUGAGCUUAAUAGGAUCGAUAUUGAAGACAUCGUUGAUGAACUUGAUAGGAUUGAUAUUGACAUUUCUUCAGUUAGAGAUGAGGCUAUUAACUUACAAAGCAGGGUGGCAUUGGCCUAUAACCAUUACAAGAACUCAGCUUCGAUAGGGGCCCAUGCUAGCAGCAGCCAGCUCAAUUUCGCUCUUAACCCUAUGGACUACGAACACGAGUCCGUCAUGAGGAACCCGGAGUCCCAUGCUAUUGGAGGGCAUGCGGAUGUGUUGCAGACCAAUCAGGGUCACCGCUUCCAGAACCCAAAUCUCAGUUGUUCUGGAUUCGUUAGGGAGGAAGGAAGUGUUCAUACUCUUGUCACCAAGGAUAGAAUGGAUAUUACUGGGGUUACUAGUGACAACAAUGAGUAUGUCAAUCUUUUUCAGUGGGCUAGAUCUGCUAUUUCAUCGAAAUGGAGAGGCACUGAGGAGAAAGGCUUUCAAAAUAAACUGUUACACUUGGGAAGGGGCUUGCAACGUCUUAGUGAUACACUUCCUGAAAAGUAUGACCUCAUUAAUCGAGUAGAGUGGAGAAACCACAAAGAUGGUGUGGUUGGGCUCCUUCCAAAACUAAAGGAUGUGGUCUAUGAUGUUGAAGACCUUCUUGAUGAGCUAAGAUGGUACAACCAUAAGGUGAUAGUGGAGGGCAAUGCUAGCCAAUCAUCUAUUAUUGACUUCUUUAAUAGCUUCAUCAAUUUGAAUGAUAUCCAUGAAAGGUUGGAUUAUAUUUCCAAUAUCCUAGAGAAAAUGGGGCUUGGUGAAUUGACACCACGGUUUGACAAAACAGUUAGGCCGGAGACUAGCUCUUUCCCCAAUGAAACAAAAAUAUUUGGUCGUGGCAUGGAGCUAGAGCAGAUCUUGGGAUUGCUCGUGCCUAAACAUAGUAACACUUGUUUGAAACACAAGAGGGAAACUAGUGCAGAUGAAUCAAUACCAAAUCUUAUGGUUUUGCCGAUAGUUGGAAUUGGGGGUGUUGGAAAGACCACUUUGGCCCAGCAUAUCUGCAGUCAUCCACAAGUGAAAUCUCACUUCAACCCAAUAAUUUGGAUUUGUGUCUCAGAUGAUUUUGAUGUGAAGAGAUUGACUAAAGAGGUUAUCGAAUCUAAUCCUGGUAAAGUAGCAACAAGUGACAAUCUAAAUUCUCUUCAGAAUGCUCUUUCAAAGAUAGUGCACAAUAAAAGGUUCUUGAUUGUCCUCGAUGAUAUGUGGGAUGAUGCUCUGAAGGAAAAUGGCCAGUGCUGGAAGAGGUUUUGUGCACCUCUGCAAGAUGUGCUACAAGGAAGUAUGAUAUUGGUCACCACUAGAUCUCCAAAGGUUGCUGGUUUAGUGGCUAAAAGUAUGGAACCAAUUAUAUUGGAAGGAUUAGACGAUGGUGUCUUUUGGAAUUUCUUCAAACUAUGUGCAUUUGGGUCUGAGAGUUCUGAUGAUUUUCCAGAGUUAGAGCUGAUUGGUAGAAAAAUAGUUCCCAAGUUAAAGGGCUCUCCUUUAGCUGCUAAAACUCUUGGAAGAAUGUUACAGAAUGACCUUCGGACAUCACACUGGAAUUGUAUACUAGACAAUGAAUUGUGGGAGUUGGACCAAGAGACAACUAAAAUUUUGCCAGCCCUUCGGUUGAGUUACAUGUAUUUACCAUUCCACUUGAAAAGAUGUUUCUCAUUUUGUGCCGUGUACCCCAAAGAUAGGGAGUUUGAACGGGAUUAUCUAGCUGAAAUUUGGGCUGCAGAAGGCUUUGUGAAAUGUCAAGGUGUUGUUCCACUUCAACAUAUUGGUUGUCAAUACUUUAAUGACCUUUUAAAUCGGUCCUUCUUUCAAGAAGUUCAAGGCAAAUACUUAAUCCAUGACUUGUUGCAUGAUAUGGCACAAAAAGUUUCCGAGGAUGAUUGUUUCAUUGUGAAAAGGACUGUUGACUUCAAAAGGGUUCCUCAGAAUGUCCGGCAUUUGUCCGUACUCAUUGGCAAAGACAUAUACAAGUAUGACUUGUUGAGCCUAAGCCAGUACAAAAAGCUUCGUACCCUUAUUUGCAACAAACCUUUGGGAAAUAAAAAAGAGAGUAGACUUUUAGAUCCCGGGUGCCUAGACACCCGGUUAUCUGGACCGUUCGUGCAUCUCUGGUGCGUUGAGAUGUGUGCCAAGCUGCUAAACGAAUCAAUAUAAUACCAGGUCUGUUCUUGAUUAGGCGUAGGAUGUUACGACAGCACCCAAAUAAACUAUGUCUAGUACAGCAGAGCUGCGACACACCUGACAAGGUAAACUAUGUCUAGUGAUACGACAUGUCUGCCAUGUCUGCCUGGCAGAGUAUUCUGAGGGACUAGACAUGUCGGCCAUUCUUUCAAUCCACCCAUUCUCAACUCCCCCUGCCCCUGCCCUUCUGGUUCACAUCUUGGUUCAUCUUGCAUCUUGCACUUGCAUCUUCCCCAUCCUGCGCCGCACAGUAGUGAUCCCCAUUCUCAACUCCCCCUGCGCUUCUGGUUCACCUUCCAUCUUCCCCGGCGGAUUACAUUUCAAUCUAUGGACUCCCAUGUCCAGGAUGCGGAACGGUAUGUCCGCGAGGCAGGCGACGCGCCCCGCACUGCAAUUGAAGCGGAAGGAUAUCAGGUCGCGGCUCAUGGGAUUGAUUUUCUGGCAUCUAUAGCCGCCGGCCUGGAUCUGCAAUCAACACCCAGAUCGGAAGUGGUGGAUGGUGGUUCUUUUGUUACGAUUUCGGGCGAUGUUCAUACAUCAAACGCAGCAGCGACCCGGCAUGACGGGACGAACUCUUGUCAAUACCCACCAGCUUGUGGAUGGAAACGGAGGAAUCAAACGGGUGACAGGCUCACAGCAAGGGCAAUGCCAAGCAAGUUCACAUCUAUUGAAAGAUGUCUACUAAACUCUGAAGGUAAACAUGCUCCUGAUACAUUUGCUCCUAUUGUGGGGUCAUCAUUCG